AUGUCAAACGCUUUAGAUCAGAUUAUGAUGGAGGACAUCGCCAAGAACUGUCCACAGCAGUUUCUUGCUUUCCAUCAAUGUAUGUCCAAGCCUCCCUCGGAGGCAGAUUGCGUACUUGAGCAAAAGAAUCUCAGUAUGUGCAUUAAGACAAGCGUUCCCGUGUUCCAGAAAAUCAAUGGCGAAUGUGCUGAUAAACUUAAAGGAUACGAAGCAUGCUUGAGAGCAAACGAUAGUGACCGUUCCAAGUGUGAGCAGGAUCUAAAGGUUCUACGUCAAUGUGCUGUUGGAGCAGUGGUCUGA